AUGUUCAUCGCCGUUUGCCUAGGUUUUUUUUUCUCUUUCAUUAUGCCCUUCAAGACUGUCCUUUUCGGCUUCCUCGUCUCUUCUGCGCUCGCGCUUCCAAUCCGACGCGAAGUGCCCCAGGAGCACUCCCACCAGCAGAUCCUGACGUCUGUCACCGCAAGCCUCGCGAAAAACAACCCCAACGGCAUUGUGGACCCCGUCUUUGGGCUGCUGGGGAACGCCGCUGCUGCAAAAGGGCUGGGCAAGCUGACGGACCCCGACUGCCUGCAGCAAGCGACGGCCGACCAGGCGUUCACCAAUGCCAAAGCGGCGGGCGACGUCCAGGGCCAGGUUGAUGCGCUCAUCUUCCGUGCUUUGGAGCGCAACUCGGGCUCUGUCGGCGCGCCGUCCAACGCGUGCAAGAGUCUCAAAGCUGUUAACCCCGAGAUCGCCGCCAUCAGCCAGCACCAGGACCCCGCCUCGCCGAAUGCGGCCGCCACCAACAAGGCCAUCGCGCUUGCGCUUGCCAAGCAGAUUGCCGCGGUGGGCGGCAACCCGCUUGAUGCGCUCAAGUCCGGCACGUUCGCGCCGGGGAAAGCCGGCGACUCUACCGGUAAAGGCAACACCUGCGACGAUGCGAACGACGCGGUGGGAUGCAUUUUCACCCAGAAGCUCAUUGUAAACGAUGCAACACCUGACGAAAUCAAAGCUGCUGUGGCCGGCGUUGCGGUUGCCGCUCCGCCUCCACCUCCGGCCCCGCCCGCUGCCGCCGCUCCAGCGCAGGCCCAGGGCCCCCCUCCGGCCCCACCCGCCAGCGCAAUCGGCAGUUUUGGCAAGUGCAGUGUGCCGCAGAUCGAAUUUGCCGCGGGCCUCGACGGGCGGAAGGAAACAUCGUUCCAGCCUGUAGAUAAGAGCUCGUACAACCACGGCUCCGCGCAGGCCAUCGGGAUCAUCACGCAGUUCAUCUGCGACACGCUGACAAAUAGCUGUGGGGCAGACGCCAAGGCCAAGGCCACCUGUGCUGCCGCCCAGGCCGCCGCAAAUGCAGCCCCGCCCAAGACCGGGGCUGAUGCAGACGCGUUCAACAGCGUCUUUGGGAUCCAGACGGCAAGUCGUUGUUUUCUCUAG